AUGCAGACCAAAACUUUCCUCCCCAGCCUUCUAGCCACUGUCCCCGCAGCUCGAGCCUUCAAGUUCACUGGCCCCGACCCCUCAGAGCCCCUCGAUUUCAGCAAAGAGAUUACCAUCACAUGGGAGGGCGACAUUCCCGAUAACCUCUCACCCAAGUUCGACAUCGCUUGGCAUUGUGAGCCUGAUCCUCUAAAUAAGCUCACCUCUGAUAUCAGUCGCCUUGUGGAUGAAAUAUAUCUGUCCGACCACGAGUACAAGGUCCGACUUCACAACUCCAAAUCGAUGCUUAAACCAUUCGCGGAUAAAAUCGCGGCCAAGAAAGUGUUUUCUUUCCAGGCUGUGUUCACAGAUGAAAAGCAUGAUGAUAUUUGGGUUCAAUAUUCCAGUCAGAAUUACGCCGUUAUUGGACUGGAUAAGAAACAGGGAGAGAAUCCAGAGCUCGAUCUGUAG